CUCGCCACACGUUCACACGCACGCACACAGCUCCCGUGAUCAUCGAGCUCACUCCCUCACUCACUCAGUCACUUCCAGUCUCCGGCUACCUGUCCUGCAGCGAGCUCCCUUGAGCCCGGUCGCUCCGGCGUCAAUGGAGAUGGACGCGCUGUGGAUGUCUCCUUGCGGCGGCAUCAGCUUGCCGUCGUCAGCGGCGGGGGUCGGCGAGGACGAGGCCGCGGCGGCGGCGGAGCUGCGGCGGGGGCCGUGGACGGCGGAGGAGGACGCGCUGCUGGCGGGCUACGUGGCCGCGCACGGGGAGGGCCGGUGGAACGAGCUGGCGCUCGCCGCGGGGCUGCGCCGCACCGGCAAGAGCUGCCGCCUCCGGUGGCUCAACUACCUCCGCCCCGGGGUGCGCCGCGGCGGGUUCACCCCGCGGGAGCAGCUGCUCAUCCUCGACCUCCACUCCCGCUGGGGCAACCGCUGGUCCAAGAUCGCGGCGCAGCUGCCCGGGCGCACCGACAACGAGGUCAAGAACUACUGGCGGACGCGGGUGCAGAAGCACGCCAAGCAGCUCGGAUGCGACGUCGGCAGCGGCCGCUUCCACGACGCCAUGAGGAACCUCUGGAUGCCGCGGCUGCUCGAGAGGAUCCACGCCGACGAGUCAGCCGCCGGUGCUUCUCACUACUACUCCGCCGCCAGCCCAGCGCACGCGCCGUCCUCCAAGCCGGCGUACCAAAACGCGGCCGCACCCAUCAUCAGCAAUUGCGCACGCGCAACUUCACCGGAGGCCGCGUCGUGCGUGACCGGGUCGCCGUCGUCAUGGGAGGCGUCACCGGCAGCGCAGUUCCAGACGAGCAGUCCGACCAUGGCGGCUUGUUGGUCUACCGGGCAAUGCCAAAACGGCUACUCGAGCGCGUCGAGCGGCGACAUGUUCGAAGAGAGCUGGUCGGAGCUUCUUGCGCGGGCCAACCACGACGACGCGGAUUCCGCCGGCCUGCCGGACUUCGGAUUGGGAGAAACCGGAGACAAUUGGUGGAGUUUGGACGAUAUCUUGCAACAACCGCUUUACUGAUCGAAAUACUGUACUACUACAUAGUAUGCUGCUACUAAUGACCCAACUUUUUGUAGUGUGAUCUGAUUGACAAUUGAUUAAUCAGCAGAGUUAACAAAUAAAAAUGCAUGAUUAAUUUCAAUGA